UCCUGAAUUUAAAUUAAGGGAGGGGGGGAAUUGUUGAGUCACAUUGAUUUGGCCUCAUCAUGGCUGAUCAAGCUCUCAGUUUUCUCAAGGACUUUUUGGCUGGUGGUAUUGCUGCUGCCAUUUCCAAAACGGCUGUAGCGCCUAUUGAAAGAGUGAAAUUGCUGCUACAGGUCCAGCAUGCCAGCCAACAGAUCACAGCAGACAAACAGUACAAGGGGAUCAUGGACUGUGUGGUCAGGAUUCCCAAGGAACAGGGGAUCAUUUCCUUCUGGAGAGGCAACCUGGCUAAUGUCAUCCGGUACUUCCCCACCCAGGCCCUCAACUUUGCCUUCAAGGACAAGUACAAGCAGAUCUUCCUUGGGGGUGUGGACAAGCACAAGCAGUUCUGGCGCUACUUUGCAGGCAACCUGGCCUCUGGGGGUGCUGCAGGAGCCACGUCUCUCUGUUUCGUUUACCCUCUGGAUUUUGCCAGGACCAGGCUAGCUGCCGACGUGGGCAAAGGGCUGAACGAGAGGCAGUUCAGUGGGCUGGGCAACUGUCUUGCCAAGAUCUACAAAUCUGAUGGCCUCAAGGGUCUCUACUUGGGAUUCAAUGUGUCAGUCCAGGGCAUCAUCAUCUACAGAGCGGCUUAUUUUGGCAUCUAUGAUACAGCUAAGGGUAUGCUGCCUGAUCCAAAGAACGUGCACAUCUUUGUGAGUUGGAUGAUAGCCCAGUCGGUUACUGCAGUAGCAGGGCUGGCGUCCUACCCUUUUGACACUGUCCGACGUAGGAUGAUGAUGCAAUCUGGCAGGAAAGGAGCUGAUAUCAUGUACAAGGGCACAAUUGACUGCUGGAAGAAGAUUGCGAAAGACGAAGGUGGCAAGGCUUUCUUCAAAGGCGCCUGGUCCAAUGUGUUGAGAGGCAUGGGUGGUGCUUUUGUAUUAGUCUUGUAUGAUGAAAUUAAGAAAUAUGUCUAAGAGAAUCAAACUCCUUGAUUCAAAUGUUCUUUUCUCCCCCCCCUUUUUUUUUCUUUUCUUUUUUGUAACGUAUCUCCAUGUGGUUUUAAAGGGCAACUCAAUAUUUCCUAGGGAAACGGAGAUGGCUGUUGUGGGUUAAAUCCAGUUGAGAGAUCAGGUUGCUGUUUUGUAAGAUAGAUAGAUGGUUGUUCAUAAGAUCACAAAAACAUUUUGUAUGGAAAAUCGAAGAGGCCUCUGUGUAUAUAUAAAUAUAUUUGACAAACAUCAGUAAUAUAUUCCUACGUUUUAAGUUGCAUUGCUGGAUGACAGCUUGUUACACGGUAUUUAAACAACUAGAAAUGUGAAUGCAAUAAAUACUACAAGUUAAAUCUC